AUGGAGUUACACAACCUGAACGUCAGUUGUGCUGAACACUUUGCGGGAAGAAAACUUGCUGUGCUAUGCGAGUGCCUUUUGAAUUACAGUAUGGCAAUGUCGGAAAUGCUAACGGAGGAGCGAUGUGAUGUCCUCCGCUUGGUCGUUGAGAUUCGAAGCUGCGAAAGAGUGGCGAAGCGUUUCAAGGGCCAAAAGGUGCCGUUGACAGAUGCCAAUGAGCACUGGCGGCAUGAACUCGAUGAUUGGCGAGCUCUGUUGGCUCCUUUCUCAUGGAAGAAUUCGCGCGCUUCUGUUAUGAGUCAGGCCUUGCUUGCGGCAGAUCUUUGCGAGCCCCUGACAAAGCAUGUUGACCUUGUACGCUCAUUUGAAUAUCUCCGAUGUUUGGGCGGAGGACUAAUCGACGAAGAGAUGCAAAGUGCCCAGGCUGCAGAUAACCCGGAGAUCCACAUCAAACGCAUCAAAUGCGUGAAUUUCGACAUAUUUCGACCAUUUCAGCCCAGUGCCAUCAAGAAGCUGCAACAACAUGGAGAAAAGUACUCCUGUUGGAAAGCCAGUGAGGUCUCAGAAGCAGUUCUCACGGCAUACCGCAAGAGCGUCACCUGGACUGUGAUUUUUGCCCGGACAGCAGCUGUGCUGCCAAAGGAUGUCCUGGAUGCUGAAGCCACUGCAAAGGCACGUGGAUCACUUCAUAGCGCUGCAGAAGCCAUGGGAUUUUUGCCCUCGGCUUUGACGGGAAAGAUCCCACUGCCAGUGCUUGGGCACUUGGCUGGGCGACUGCUCUCUCUGGCGGAGCAAGAGGGGAAAGCUCAGCAAGAUUCAGAUCUGGUCCAAAAGCUUUGUCGGAGCCUGGCCGAGACGGCACAGAUGUGCAAAGACAACAUCUCUGAGGCUCCACACCAGUUGUGUCUGAACUUUCUCCUUCAAGUCGGCAAGGAGUAUUUGACACGUGCAACGCCGCGGCAGGGCACAUGUGGCACAUAUCUCAAUUUUGAACUCUUGGUUGGUACGGCUGGCGGAUCUUCCAUGCAACUGUUGCGAAAUUUGGAGACGCACCCAGAAGCCCAGCGACUCUUGGGCAACAUGGCGUUGUCUGAACUGCUCCAGGUGGCUUCGUUGAUUCAAGAAGCACACGGCAUGGUUCACGGAGACAAUCUCCCAUUUGCUCAUGCUGGUCUACAACGAUGGCUGGCACGCUUGAAAGUCGACUCGUCUCUGCAUCCAGCAGAUAUGAGCGAGCUCAGUGCAGCUUUGGAGGAUUUCCUCAAGCAGAAGAAGCCCUACCAGCGUGUCUACUACGAGUGCUGCAACGCUUGGAAACAGGCCGCCAUGUUGCGCCAUGUUGCGCCGAAGGAUCGAGACACAGAACUCUUCGAGCUCCGGAUCCCGGGCGACACGGCGACACGGGCCCUUCGAAGCCAUGUGGAAGAGCCGUUGCAUCCGCUGCAGGUUGCAAGUUGUGAUCAUUGUGGUGUUCAUGGUGUUCAUGUUGAGGCUGAUUUCACUCGGUCCUCUUGUAUCACAACAUGCGUUCUCGUCGAAAGCUUCACGGACAUGGCCGACUUCGCCAAUGUCCAGAGUCAACUGCAAGCAAUCGAGCGAAUCACGGGUGUUCCACAAGCCGUCCAAUCCUAAAUGGACCUGGCCAUUGAGUCUCGUUAUCCUAACAUUCAGCUUGUCUGCCUCAAAAGUCCAACCUCCGCGCUUGUCAAGCUCCAAAGUGGGUUUGGCGCGGCAAGCAUUCGCUGGAGGCCUGGAAGGGUGCGAUCAUCAUGGAGCAGGGCGUUACGAAUUCGAUCCAUUGAAUUUCUGUGAGCUCUUCCCUGAGAAUCUCCCCUGGUGUAGAGAGGCAGAGGUGAAGCACGGACGCGUUGCGAUGUUGGCAUAUGCGGGUUUGGUCCUGCCUGAUUUCUUCCGCUUUCCUGAUCCCAUCUUCAAACAAACGGGCUUGGAUGCCAUCUCAGCUCACAACAUGCUUCUGGGCGGUGCUGGCAGGGGAGCUAUGUGGUGCCUCCUGCUGUUCUGUGGAGCCUUGGAGUUUCUGCGAAUGUGUCAGCUGGGAGUUGACUUCGAACUUCUGACGCUGGACACUGCUGGAGAUUUCGGGAUUGGCUCAUUCCUUCUUCCAGAUCUUCCAGAAGCAGAUGAGGACAUUUCGAUCCUCAAAACUCAGGAAUUGAAGCAUGGGCGUUUGGCCAUGAUUGCUUUUGGUGGGGCCAUCACGCAAGCUGUUGCAUGCAAUGCUCAUCAUUUUCCCUUCAUGACGUGCAGCAUGUGCUAGUUUCGAGACAUGGUCUAUCGCGAGACCAGAUCGAGUCCGGAGCAGCAUAUUUGGGUUCCAUUGACAACUCGGACAUCCAAUAUGAACAUACUGUUGACUUAUGUUGACAAUUCUGUUGACUUCAUUGUUUCAUGAUUCGCCUACAACAUUUGAACGAAGCUUGGCACCUGCUGGCACAGUUUUGCUUAGGUGCGCCGCUGCUGCAUGUUUUUCAGUCAGCGAGUUUUCGCACACUGUAGAGACUUCAGUUCGAUAUCCCCACAUGGUGGAUUGUGACCGCUUGCUCUGGAGUGGAUCCAUCAGCAGGUAAGGAUUCAAAUGUUUAAAACUCCAUUUCAAGAAUGUACGUUUUGCUGCAAACUGGACGUCAGAAGUUUGAUUAGAAAGCAGAAAUAUCCUGGAGAAGUGCAGCAAUUUUCUAGGUGUUCAGAUGUGUGUUUUUUUACUUUUCUUGGUUGUGUCCAGGCUUUCUGCGGAACAGAGUCCAAUCAAAUUUCUUGUCUUCCGGACAGCAGUAGUUCAUAGGGAUGCUCCCUGGAACACGAGAAGAAAA